AUGUCUUUCCUUCAUAAUCAUUCUUGUGAGUGCGUUAAGUCAGAAUUGGAUUUGUUUGCACUACCGUCUACACAAACUAGCAUUGAAAAUGGAUUGUGGAUUCAUUAUAAACCAAUUUCAUCUCUUGGUGAUGAUGGACCUAUCGAGUUUCAAGUUCCUGGGACCGGCGAUGACUACAUAGAUUUGUCUCAUACAUUACUCCACAUAAAGGCAAAAGUAUUAAAUCAAGAUUCAACUAACUUGGUAUCUACUACAAUAGUAGCACCUGUAAAUAAUUGGCUGCAUUCACUUUUUAGUCAACUUGAUGUUUAUUUAAACCAAAAACUUGUAUCACCACCUAAUAAUACCUAUGCAUAUCGAGCAUACAUGGAAACCCUUUUAAACUAUGCCCCUGCUGCUAAACAAUCUCAUCUUACUUGUAGUCUUUGGUAUGAGGAUACAGCAAGAAAAAUGGAUUCUACAGAUGGUAAAAACAUAGGAUUUGUUAAAAGACAGGAAUUGAUUAGUGAAAGUAAGGAAAUAGAAAUGAUUGGUCAUCUUCACGGUGACAUUUUUAACCAAGAUAAAUUUUUAAUUAAUGGUGUUGAAAUGAGUGUUAAAUUGGUUCGAUCAAGAGAGAGUUUUAAUUUAAUUGUUGGGUCAAACGAUGUAAAGUUUAAAGUUUGCAUUACGGACGCAACUCUUAUUGUUCGACGAGCACGAAUUAAUCCAAGUGUAUUACUCGCACAUCAAAAAGUUUUAGCUUCUACCACUGCUAAAUAUCCUAUUACUCGAGCUGAAGUAAAAGUUUUAACAAUUCCUUCGGGUGUUCAAGGAAAAACUCUUGAUAAUAUAUUUUUAGGACAGGUACCGAAAAGAUGUAUAAUUGGAUUUGUGAACAAUUCUGCAUUUAAUGGUUCCCUUACUAAAAAUCCAUUUAACUUUGAAAACUAUGGUAUUAAUUCUUUCAGCUUAUAUAUUGAUGGUCAACAAAUACCUUCAAAAGCUUUGCAACCAUCUUUUAAUAAUAGCAUAUUUACAUCAGCAUAUCAUACUCUAUUCUCGGGAACUGGUAUUCACUUUCUUAAUGAAGGAAAUGGAAUCUCUUGUGAACAGUAUGGCAAAGGUUACUGUCUAUUAGCAUUUGACUUAACUCCUGAUUUAUCAGCUAACUCAUCAACUCAUUGGAAUCUCAUAAAGCAUGGUAGUGUAAGAAUAGAAGUACGAUUUGAAUCCUCAUUAAUACAAACAAUUAACUGUAUAGUUUAUGCUGAGUUUGAUAAUAUUAUUGAGAUAGAUAAAAACAGAAAUGUUACUGUAGACUAUAGUAGUUAA